CGUUAGUGCCAACUUUUCAAACUUCAGUGAGCAAACGAACUGAUUGGAAUACAUACACUCUUCAAAAAAUGUAAAAGAAUGAGGAAGAAGUCAAUGGAUGAUUUGUGGAUUCCACCGCGUUGGGAGGAACAAUCGGGUGAAAUGAUGGUACGAGGUUAUCUACCUGACGACCUUGCGUGUUAAAAAUCCCAGGAGUCUUGCGGGCCCCGCGGCGAGAACCGCGGCAGUUCCGCAGAAGAACGCGGCCGGCCAAGACUAAUACUUCUAAUCCUCUGGAUAGGUUCCGCGUGUGUGAUAUAAAUCAUGCAAAGUUCCUAAGUGAAGAAGCUGAGCAUUUUCGAAUUUUCAGAUCUCUCGAGAUCAGAUCUCAGAUUCGAUAGCAAAGCUGAAAAAAUGGGAAUAACUAUCUGGAUUAUUCUCGUAAAGCUUUGUUUUCUCGUCGUGAAUGGCCAUUAUCGCGAUGCCCACUACGAGCAUUGGAUGCGUUCAGCUCCUCGACGUCCGGUGGAUGUCAUGACAGAUGUGAUUAACGACUUAGGUGUACAAAUUCUUCAACAGUAUCAUGUCCCAGGAAAUGUCGCAUUUUCCCCAACCGGUUUAGGGUUUGUAUUAAUUGCCCUGUAUGAAGGCUCAGGUGCAAGAGGAAGUAAACAAAUAGGACAAGUUUUGAAUUUGCCACAUGAUCGACAAAUUACAAGAAUUGGAUUGAGAGAUAUUCAUCGAAGACUUAGGAGUUACCUCAACGCAGAUGGCUUUCUCGGUGGACUAAAUCUGAACAAAGACAACACGAGACUACGUCCCGAAUAUGAGGACAUAUUAAGGUUCUACGGUUUUGAUUUUACAAUAGAUGAUGCACAAGUGAAUACAACUGAUUCAACAACAAUUAGCAGCUCAGCCGACACCACAACAAUGGGUACUGCAACAAUUAGUACACUCCAACCUUUAAUGAAUGGUAUGACAACUAUGAGUCUUGGAGGAUCUACGAAUGGUCCUGCAGGAAAUGAUACUUCUGUCACAUCAUCGACAGGAACAGAUGCAAUUUCAUCCCCAGCUACAACUUUACCAACAACAGAUAGAGCAGUUCCAACAACCAAUUCUCCAGCAACAGAUGGAACAGUUCCAACAACAAAUGCUCCUACAAUAGAUGGAACAGUUUUAAGAACAAUUGCUCCCACAACAAUUGACACAUCAGUUGAUAUUAUCACUGUGAAUCCAGGAAAUUCAGCUCCUGUCAUGCAAACAACACCUUCUUCACCUGGAAGUGCCAUCUCUUCAACAGCUCCUAUCGCUACAACUAUCGAAGUUUUGGAAAUGCCCUUAAAUACGACAGAUUUGCCAGUAAGACUUUCGAGCAUAGCUGCUGAGUCCAAAUUGUCAACCCAGAUAAUUGUGAAUAAUGUUGGAUCACCUUCUAAUUCUGUGAUUAAUAGAAUCGCUGGUGGUGAGACAGUGAGAGGUUCGACACCAGUUACUCAUAGUUUUAGGUUUAUUCGUCCAUUGGCUACAGAAGCUUUUACUGCUACAGAAGCUGUUACUACUACAAAAGCUUUUACUACAACAGAAGCUUACAUCACCACAGAAACUGUCACCACUAGAGAAGCUUUUACGACUACAGAAAAUACUACAGAGUAUGUGACAUUAACAACGGCGGAACCUACAACCAUGCACCCUAGAACAACUCCUGCUAGGUCUACUGCCUUCACUUCAAGAAGCACUACAACAAAUUCAAGGCCAAGUACAUUGCCUGUGAGACCAACAUUUUCUGAUAAUUUCAGAUUAGCGUCUCGAAACAGAAACCCCAUUACUUCAACUCUGGUAUCAAGAAUCACUUCUGACGAUGGAUCAACAGCAACAUCCGAAUCUGCAACUCCAUUGGACACGACUGGAACUGACCUUAAAACUGGUACAGCUACGGAUGUACCUUGUGCAACUUCGACUACAGAUGCUUCUACUUCGAAUACGAAUGCUCCUGCUUCGACUACGGAUGCUCCUACUUCGACUACAGAUGCUCCUACUUCGACUGCAGAUGCUCCUACUACCAUAAUGGAUUCUGUAAUAGGGGCCCAAACUUUGCCGACUGUAGAAAGUCCUUCUGCGAAUAGUGUUCGUAAGAGGAGAAGUGCUGAACAUUACUUUUCGAGUUAUCCAGAUGAUGGACUCUGGAUGCAACAUUUGAAUAUUUGGCGAGGACCCCCGGAGGCUGACGAGGCAGCCGUCAGAGAUUCUAAACAAGUGGAAUUUUUAGUUAAUGGAUGUGAAGUGGCCACCGUAUCAGCUGCAACCUACACCGCAGUUUUACCCUUUGCAUAUUUCCCCUCCUUGAAGGUCGUGGCAGUGGAAUUUCCUCUAGACAACCCAAGGUACAACGUUAUUUUGUUUCUACCAACUGAGAGACCUGAUACAUUGAAACUGUCGAGAGACCUCAGUUCGAAGAGUUUGCGAUUGUUACGCAAACAUUUGCAGCCGACUUGGAUAAGGGCAACUAUACCGUCUUUUAUGCUUAAAGGCUUUGUAACUCUCACUCCAUACCUGCAGAGAUUGGGUAUAAGAGACGUUUUCGAACCAAGAGCAGCAGAUCUAUCACCGAUGACUCCAGACAUUGGUGUAUAUGCCAGAGACGUUCAGCAAAGCCUCGGAGUAAAUGUGAGAAAUUACAUGGAGCCAGACAGAACCAGCUCUCGUGAGUCAACACAACAAGAAUUUCCUCUGAUUGUUCCACCACGUCGGGACUCUUAUCGAUUUCUCUAUCCAGGCAAUGGUCUCCUGGAAAGGGCAGGUCCUGUGUCUUUUGUUGCUGAACAUCCGUUUCUCUAUUUUAUCAUCGACACAGAGACCUCAGUCACGCUAAUUGCUGGUCGGAUCGACGAUCCUCUCAACUCAAGGAUAUUAUAAUUUAAACGGAAAAUGUGCUACAAUUUAACUAAGAAUAUUUUAAUAUAGUUUU